AUGGCAUCAUCUCCAAAUCCUACUGAUCAGAACUUCAUUGUAGUGGAUUUCCACUACAAUGGUCAGUUUGCACCCAAUCCCUUAGUUUACUUUGAUCCCAACAGAGCAUCAGUGCGAGAUGUUGACUUCAGUGGGUUUGGGUAUGAGCAAUUCAUGGAAUUCCUUCACAAGCUCACCAACUCGAGAAGCAAAGACAUCUAUUUCUGCCUUCCACAAGAGUCUUUAGGUCUUGGAAUUCAUACACUGGUGAACAACGGUGAUUACAAGGAAUUUUUGGAUUUGGCGUAUGCUAAUGACAAGAGAAUGAAUGUAUAUGUGGAUCACCAUAAUGAACCUAUCUUCGACUGGAUUGAGGCUGAGGAAAGUGAAAGUGAAAACGAAGACUUAGAUGAAGAUGAGGAUUCAGUUAUUCAAGAUUCAUAUUCUGUUGAUCAUGAAGAAGAUGAUGCUACCUAUCCAUUUCCAGCAAACAAAACUGCACGUGAUAGAUUUUUAAACAUCCUUUGUGAACCUAUAGAGAGUGAAGAUCAAGAUGAUGAAUACGUGCCACCCCAGUACCCUGUGUAUGAUGAGAGACAGCCAUGGGAUCAGAUGAAACCAAUUAUAGACUAUGGGCCUCCUGGAUGGGGUAUAGUUAGAGGAGAAGUUAUUUCAGCUGUUGGGAGAGAUGCAAACAACCACAUCUACCCUUUAGCAUGGGCUGUGGUAUGUGUUGAGAAUAAAGAAACAUGGAAGUGGUUCAUAGAUUUGCUUAUGGAUGACAUUAAUGGUGGUCUUGGUGCAGGCAUUACCCUUCUUUCUGAUGGACACAAGGGGUUAUUACAAGCAGUUAAGGAAAAUGUCCAGAAGCUGAACAUAGACAAUGUGCUAGACACAUUCUGGCCAAUUUUAAUAAAAGACAGAGAUCCUACUACCUGGUCUAAGGCAUUCUUUCAAGAAGGAAGAGACUGUGAUGCAGUGGAGAAUGGGGUCAGUGAGAGUUUCAAUUCUGCUAUUAGGCAUGCUAGAAGGAGACCUAUAAUCACUAUGCUGGAGGAGAUUAGGUUAUUUGUGAUGGAAAGGAUAUACACUCAAAGAGUUGAAGGAAUGGAAUGGGAUUUGCUUAUAUGUCCAACUAUUAGGAAGCGUAUAGAACAUCUGAAGGUUAAACAGAGAUUGUGGGGAGUUACUCCUUGUGGUUAUCAAAAGUAUGAGGUUAGAUUCACUGAUGUUGCAUAUGGAGUGGAUCUAAUUGCAAAGAAGUGUGCCUGUAGAAUAUGGCAACUUACAGGGAUACCAUGCUUACAUGGAGUGGCAGCAAUAUCUUACUUAAAUCAUGAUGCUGAGGCAUAUGUGUCCCAAUCAUACACUACUGAGGCUUACCUAAAAUGCUACAAAUAUAGCAUUAAUCCUCUCAAUAGUAGUGAAAUGUGGCCAGAUGUUCCAUACCAUAAGCCUUUGCCUCCCAAAAGAAGAAGAUUACCUGGUAGGCCAUCUGUGAAAAGGAAGAGGGAUGCAAUUGAACGAGAGUUGAGUGGAUCAAGUAGACAAACUGUCUCAAGAAGGGGUAGCAUAAUAAAGUGUGGUAUUUGUAAGGAACCAGGUCACAACAAGAAAAAGUGUCCAUCUAACCAACAAAGCAAUACAUCAGUACCAAGUUCAUCCAGGGGCAGUGGAGCAGACCCAAGUUUAUCCAGGGGCAAUGAAGGACCACCACCACCUGCAGCCAACAACCUCCUCCACCACCACCUGCAGCCCCCAUGCCAAGAAGAAGGGUCCCAGUUAGUAGAAGUGGAAGGAGGAAAUAUUCUGAACGGAUUAUCAAACAAGCAUUAA